AUGAAACAAAAAAUUAACACAGAAUUUCUGCAAAAAUCUUAACCUUUUUCUAAUCCAACAUAUCAAAAUUGGUAGGAAUUCAAGUAAAAUUAUUUCAGAUAUAAUACACCUUUUCAAAAACAGGAUAAUUAUUAAUAAUAAAUUCAGAUUGUAGAUUUUUUUAAAAAGGAUUUUUGCUAUAAAAAUUGCUUAGUUUAAGACGACACUUAGAAUAAAUUAGAUAAAAUCCUAAAUUAUAUUAUUGAAUAUCAAUAGCAAUACAAUCUCUCUCAUAAAUAGAUUUAUUAGCUAAAAAGAAUAUAUGUCGAUAAAGAAACAAAUAAGGCUGAUGCAGGAGCAAAUGAUGCUGAAAAAGUAGCAAAAGAUGCUGAUAUAGGAACAAAUGAGGUUGGUAUAGGAACAAAAAAGCUUGAAAUAGAAACAAAAAAAGGGGUUGAUAUAGGAAAAAAAUAGGCUUGUAAAGAAAACAAAGAGGCUUCUUUGGGAAAAAUGGUUGAUAAAAACUUCAAAAAUAGUUUAAAUUAAAUUUUUGAUAGUUUUUAUGAAGGAGAAAACUCACAAAUUAUUCUAUAACACAUAAGUAAUGAGCCAAACCGAAUAAGGCUUUUGAUCUCAUAAGCUAUUAAAAAAUUUUAAAAAAUAAAUGCAGAAAAAGGAAAAAACAAAUACGAUGUUUUGAAAUUAUGUUAUAUUGCAAUUACAAAAGAUUAUGAUUUAAAAGCAGAUGAUCUCUAAGUUAAAGAGGGUAAUUCUUUCUAAAAUUUUUCAAUAAUGCUGUAGGAUGAAUAAUCAUUUAGUUCUAAACCUAUAUAAGAUAUUAAAAGCUUAAUCUAAUAGGAUCAAUACUAUUUAAAACUAAACAUUGCCAAUAAAAAAAUUACAAAUGAAAUUUUACAUCUUUAUAGAUACUUUUUAAAAAAUAAGAUUCAAAGGUACUAACCAAAAUUGAUAGUUUUAUUGUUAGAAAUUAAUGAUAGCUUUGAAUUUGAAGCGUAUUUCUUUUAAAAAUUAAUUUUUUAAUUAGAGAAAAUCUCAUAAAAUUGUCUCAUAAUUAUUCCAUUACUAACAUCACAUACUCCAGAAGGUUUUGAAAAAUAUUUAAAAUCAACGCUCCUUAUUAGCAAUUCAUACUAUGAUUACAAAUUUAAGAGAAAAAACAAAACUCAUUAUUAAUGCGAAGAUAUCUCUGCCUAAUAGUAUAAGGAGUAUAGCAAAUAUUUUGCGUAAACUGUAAAGGAGGAACAGUAGUUCCUUAGAUAGUACUCUGCUUUGAAGGUUCGACAAAAUAAUUUCCAAUCACUGGAACAGGAGUAAAUGGAAAUUGAGUACUAGAAAUAAAUGUUACCGACAGAAAAAAGUACCUAAGUUAUUGAAGCCUUAGAUAGCAAUUAAGCUUAAGAAUUGGAAUAUAAUCUGUUUGGAAUUUUGAAUAGCAGAAACUAAAUAGAAUUAACGAAAUUAUUUGAAAAACAAUCAAAAUAACCUAUAAGAAUUUUUGAAGUUGAGCAUUUCAUUUACUACAAUCAAGAUAAUUAAUCCUUUAUCAUUUGUAUUGUUAAGGAUGAUAAGCUAUUCUAUUAAUAUUCAGCAUACAAAUUAAAUUAAGAAAAAUAAAUAGAGGAUUCAAUCUACUUGGAAGAAUAUAGAUAUUUUGAAAAGUUCGAAAAAAAAUUAAAAAGCUCUUACUUAUUAGAAGGUGAAUAUUUUUAUUAAUUUAAUGUAUCAUUUUAGAAAGAAACACUCAAUCAAAUUUAAAGAAAAAAAUCAUCAGGCUUUAAUUAUUAUGUUUAAUUUAAAAAGUACAAUUUAAGAUAUGGAAAUAAGCCCGACUUUUAUCAUAAUAGUGAAAAUCAAAAAGAUGGGUUGGAUUAAUUAAUAAAUUUUACAAUUAGUCCAACAAAGGAUUGUCAGUUCAUACUAAUGGGAGGAACUUAUGAAUCAUACGUACCAUAAAACCAAUUUGAAGAAUAAAAAAGGUAAUCAGAAUAUGAAUUUAAUCUUGGUGCAUAUGCAUUAACUGUGGAAAUGAAUGAAUAAUAAAAAAAUAAAUUAAAAGUUAUAGAAAAUGUAGGUAAAUUAAAAUGCUAUGAAAACUCUCUUAUUUAGAAAAUCAAUGAUCAGUCAUUCUUAUAUUUUGAAGGAUAAACCAAGUAUUAAGCAGGUUCAUUCUAAUCAUAAAUAUAGAGGAUGUCAAUAUUUGGCUUUGAAUAAAGUUUGCAAUUUGAUAACUGUAAGAUUUAAAAUCAGGAUUAUUUUGAUUUUUACCAAAAGAAAAAGAAAUUGUUUAGAUCUAAUCAAUUAAAUAAAAAAAUAAUUGAAUAAAGUAAAAAGAAAGUUGACUUUAUUGUGGUUGUUUAAGAAUUGAUAUAUGAAAAGGUAAAAAUAGUAGAUGAGGAGGAUAGUAUUAAUUUGAAAUAGCUAUCAAAAUAAGUUUAAUUAUAAGCUCAUAAGUUCCGAUUUACAUAUGACCCUGCAAAAUAGGUAUAAGAGGAUAACAAAACGAAAUAGAUACUUGAUAUUCAAGAGGAAAGCUUUUACUUUAUAAUAGAAUAGGUUGAAAAAUCAAAUAGUCUAAGAAAUGCAUGUCUUUAUGCUAAUGUAAAUAUAAUUUUUUAAAUUAGUGGUUGGAGGAUAGGAACAACUAAUACAUAUUUCAUUACAAUGGAGUGCAGAACUUAUAUUUGUUAUAUUUUUACGAAAAGCCAAAACCGAAGACAAGGAAGUUUAUCUUUGAAGAUCAGUAGGAUAAAGAGGAUAAUUUAGAUUUUGAUGAAGUUAUUUUGAACGAUUUGGAAAAUGAGCAACUUUGGAUUGUUAGAAAGAUAAAUCAUCAAGAUAAGAUAUACCUAGAUUUGUAUGAUAGGUAAUUAUUCAAAAAUAGAUUAGUGAUUGGAUAAAUCUAUAAGAUGUAAAGGAUUCAAAUGAAGAUGCAAUUACAAAGGUUCCAAUAAAUCAAAUCUUUAGAAUUGCUGAACUAAAAGAAGAUUUUUGUUUGAUUGGGCUUGAAGUGAAAUGGUAAGGCGAGCAAGGAUAAAGAUGCCCAUAUUUAAUUGUAUGUACAAGUACUACAAUUUAUGAGAUUUCAAUAAAGUAGAUAAGAAAAACUAAAUGGGAUAACAUUUUAAGAUAUAAGUUAAAUUCUUGGGAGAAAGAACCUUUGUAGUUCUAAUAAUCACCAAUUUCAAGAUGCAGAUAGGUUUAAUUUUAAGUGAAUAUGUAAAUACCGACAAUAGUAGCAAAUUUAUAAAAUGGGGAUUUGCUGCUAUUUUAUAGUUAUUGCAACGUAAAAAACGAAUCACAGAAUAAGUAUUUAUUAGAAAUCAAGUAUUUGAUCCUAAAGGAUUACAAUCAAAUUUGUAAUGAUGAAAUGGAGAUGGAAGAAAACAAUAGAGAAUAUUAAUUUAGAACAAUAGAAUACAAUUCAAGGUAGUAGGUUAACCUCGCCAAAGUAAAUACCGUUAUCAUAAAUGAUAAAGAGUUUGAGUUUUCAAUAAUCGUAGAAGAGUCUGAUGGAUGCUUAUACAAAGUAUUUUCGGGCGAUAGAUAAAAAAAAUAAUAUAUAACUUUGAUAAGGGAAAGCAAAAUAUUGAGUAACGCUGCCUUUUAAAAGAAUGAAUCCAUUAUCAUUGAUAGAAAUAAUGAAACAGUUGUACAUCUGAAUGAUUUUAAACUUUAUAAUUAACAAUGA